AUGAGAAAUCCAACAGCUUUAUUUAAUGUAUUCAUACAAUCCGAUGCUUUUUAUCUUUUGCAAAUUUUGAGUCUGAUAGAAUUACACAAUACAAUUCAUCUUCUAUGGGAAAUAGAUACUAUUGAUGGGGAUGAGAUCAAG